AUGUUAGUGGCAUAUACGAAGACUAUUGAUCCUAGCAUUAAAACUUGGAAGUUAUUGGCAAGUGCAGAUGUUGGUCCUUCGAAGAAUUCACGACGUUCUAAGAAGGAUUCACAUGCUACUCCUGAAAAACUUGUUCAAGAAUCAAAACCAACGAAGUCUUCAAAGAAACAGACGAAGCCAGAAGAACAUGUUUCAACUGUUUUGAUCGAGUCAGCAGAGCCAGUUAUUGAUGAACCAGCUAAGGUUACUAUUCCAUCAAAGUUUGGUGGCUUUCAAAGACUUAAGAAGCAGUCUAGUAGUUCACGAAAAUCUCCAACUUCAUAUGUGGUUAGAAAACACCACAUUACUCAUCAGGGAGUUCUUGUUCGUGAAGUUCCAGUUCCUGUUUCUCCAUCAUCUAAAAAACGAAGAACUGAAGACUUGGCAAAAAGGAUUUCCAAGAAGAAGAAGAAGAUAAAAACACAACAACUUGUUAUACCAACGGAAUCUUCUGAAGAAGAAGAAAUGCCUGAAACUCCCAAAGCAACUCUUAUCACAGAAACUUCAUCUCCUAAGAAGACUACAAUCAUACCACCCAAAGUUUCGUCUGCCAAGCCAUUUCAUGAGGAGGCACGAACUUCAGACAUCACUAUAUACGUAUCUGAUACGAAUGUAAAUGUCAAUAUGGGUGAAGGAGAUUUAAAUAAAGAAGCACCAAAAUUUACUCAAGAAUCUGAGAAUGAAGAAGGAGGUUUUGGAGGAACUUUCAAAGAUUUAGAAUUUGAUGAGGAAGAAGAAAACUUUCUUGACUACAUGCUCAUAUCGAUGAAGCAAUUUAAAAUUCUGAAUAAAAGGUUGAAUUCUAUUAUUCAGUCUCAAGCGGAUAUGGGGGGAAGUAGUUUUGUUUCAAGUUUAGAAAUUGAUGGUUUGUUGAAAGCGUUUGAAGCCAGGAUGACUGGUAAGGUCUUUCCUAAUGAUUGCAUGAUAUCGUUUGGUGUCAUGAUUGGUUUAGAUGCUUGCCACGUGUUAAAGCUGACCAUAAACCCUCGCUUGUAUAUAAGUUCAUCAUCUUAUCUUUUGAUGGAAAAAAUGGGUGAAUUCAAAAAUAAAAUCUUUCAAGAUAAUCAUCAUGAACAUACCUGGGGUUUCAUGCAAAAGUCGGAUCAAGAAUCCUUUGAAGGAGCUUCAACAAUCUCAAAUGGAUCAUCAUCAAAUUUUUCAUGUUCUUCAUUAGAUACAACAGACGAUGCUUCAUCUUCAUCUUCAGUUAACUCAAAUGGAUCUUCUCUACUUGAUUUAUCGAGCCUUAUGUCCGAGUUACCUAUCAAAAGAGGGUUAUCACAGUUUUAUCACGGGAAAUCAGAAUCAUUUACAUCUCUUGCAAAAGUAAUGAGCAUAGAGGACCUUCCAAAGAAACUGAAGAAUCCGUACACCAGGAUGAGGAAGAUGAAAACUAAUAGCAAAAGCUAUGGAGGUGGUUUAGAUAACUACAAGUUACACACACUCCCUAAAUCAACAAUUUCAAAGAAACUUUCACCUUUUCUAAGGCAAAGAAGUUUUGCUAGGUCGUGAUCAGCAAAACAACUAAUUGUAUUCGAAAUUCUAAAAACUCAAGAACCCUCAUCAGUCAUCACCAACAUACAACAGUUCUUGGGAGUUUUGGUUAGUUUAUUAUUUAGUAUGAGAUUUAGGAAAUUUUGGUAGUGUGUUUGUUGCAGAUUUGAGAUUAUAUCCUAGUCUAAUGCUUGUAAAGAGAUUUUGUGUAUAUAUAUGAGACAUGAAAUUAUACAUGUGCAAUCCUUUUUGUUUCCUAAGUUGUAUAGCAUAUCUUUUGCAACGUUUUCCAACAAGUUUAAGGAAAAUGUCCACACAAUAAAGAAAGUUAUCACUACAUUAAUUAUCCAAACCCUUGAUCCCAACAACCGAAAGGAAACAAAUAGAAUGCCAAAACAAUAAGAUAAGAAUGUCAAAAGCAGCCAAACAAACAAUAAAAUCAAUAAUCAACAAAAUUUUGGUAUGGUGAUGAGAGAGAGAGAUCACCGACGUCCUAAUUAGUGAAGAAUUUGUGACAGAUUGGUGUUGGCGACGGACCCAACUGUCAUUCGUGAUCCGUUGGUGAUUACCGACGGUCAAUAAUUAAAUAUUUUUUUCUGGUUGUCGUACACAUAAAUAUUAGCACCGUAAACGAACACGAACGGGGUUUGUUCAUAUUCACUCGUUUAAGUUAACCAAACAAAUAACGAGCUUGAACAGUUAAACGAACAAGUUUUCUUAAUCAUCUUCGUUUCUUUAACAAAUUACAUUGUUUAUGUUCGCAAACAUAUAAAACGACCAUAAAGAAACAA